AUGUACCGUCGUGGUACUUUUGACCGGGAACUUGGUGGCCUGAUUCUGCAAGAGAUUGACUGGGACAGAUUUGAUAUAAGAGUCGAAUGCUUCGUGGUUAAGAUGAUGGCUUUCUGGUUCAACGAGGAACAGGCCAGCCGCCAUGAGAAUUUCACAGUUCUGCUUGGGUCGCUGGGCGUCGUGAACCUUUGA